UAAUUGCUUUGUGUAAGGUGCGGAAGGGAUGUAGGGAAAAAAUUUGUAAGAGUUGGUGUACAUUAUUAAGUGAACAAUGUAUUGCAAAAAAUAAACAUUGUUUGAUAAGUAUUUAAUGAAAUCUCUCAAGCAUUAAUAAAGCGUGAAGCCAAUAAAUUAACCUAAAUAACGUAUUACGAAAAGAAUUAGUGACAAAAUAUUACAAAUUUUAUUAUGUUGAAAAAUAAAAAAUUAAUCGAAUAUCGUGUGUCUUUAAAUUUAGCCAAGAAAACAAAAAUAUAUUACAAUUACUAAAAAAUUUUCUUAACGAAUAAAUAUUAAUAAUAAUAGUAUAAUUUAGAUAACUAAACCCAUAUCUAAAGAUAUUGUCUAUUAAACCCGGACGGUAUACACUCUAAACGCCUGUAAUAAACAGGAGCGUCUGAUUUUUCGAAAGCCAUUGAUGUACAAUUGCAGUACAAAGUUCACAAGGUACAUCGCCAACACCCAGCUGUAAAAUUCUUUGCCAUGGUAUCUGUUGAAGAUCGCUUUAAAGCUGCCGUUAAUGUUAUCAAAGGCCUGCCAAAAAAUGGUCCAUAUCAACCUAGCACUGCGAUGAUGCUCAAAUUUUAUGGUUAUUAUAAACAAGCAACCGAAGGGCCAUGUCACCAGAAAAAGCCUGGCUUUUGGGAUAUCGUUGGCAAAGCGAAAUGGGAUGCUUGGAACGAUAAUCGUCACCUAACGAAAGAGGAAGCAAUGAACAGAUAUGUUGAUAGUUUACGCGAAAUUAUCGACACAAUGUCCUUUACAGUAAACGUGCAGGAUUUUGUAGGUAGUUUAAGCGACUUAGAUAAUAUAAAUUUGGAUGAACUUGAAAUGGUAGCACCAGGAAUGCGGGAAUUAGCUGAAUCUCAUCCAAAUUCACCAUUUAAUUCACGUACAAAUAGUCCACAACAUGGCGUAAGCACAAAUAGUGGUUCAACAAAUCUAAACAAUAAUGCUGAGCCUACAGCAAAUGGGCACGUAAUGACAUCCUAUGCUUGUGAACCGAAUAACAAUGAUAUCAUAGGCACUGAUGCUACAGUUCCUCCUUUUUCAGUACAAAACCAGAGCGCUGUUACAGAUACGAAUAUAAUACCUUCAACAUACACAAGCCCACUUGCAUCCAUUAUCAAUAUGUCUAAUGGUAACAUUGAUCAAUCAGACGAUGAAUACGCUGAUCCGCUGGAUGUACAGAGUGAAUUUGUAGAAGCAAUGGCUCACAAUUCCGAAUUGCUUAAACAAAUUCAAUUGACUGUACAGCACAUGAACUCAGAUUUGGCAACAGUUAAUCAGCGUGUAAGUGUUGUGGAAAAAACUCUACAGGACCUUAGUAAAGCAGUGCAAACCCUUUGUCGUAAUGGUACGAGCCGCAGAGUUAGUAAUACUUAUCCUAAAUGGUGGCCUUUCACUAACAUUUCGCCCGCAUGGUUUGCUUUUCUUAUACUUUGGCCGUUCAUCGUCAAUCGCUUAUCACAUAUUUUAGCAGUGGGACGACGAAAACGAGCUUAACUCUAUCUUUUUUUUAGCGUUUAUAUGAAAGAAAAUCGAGAUGUUGAUUAAUUGAUUGUAAUGUAUUCUUUCAUGAACAUCUUAAUUGAUUAUAUUCUUAUUUAUAAAGUAGUUGUUGGUAUAUAAUUAUUUAUUUAAUUUUUUUGUUUUUUUUUUUUUGU